AGGACAUUCUACCUGAUGAUGAAGAGCGUAGCGCGAGGUAGGAGUCGUGGAAGAGGUGUACACUACGUUGCACAUUGUGAAGAGAAUGCACACCGUUCUGGUAGGGACUGCGAAAAGGCCUCAAACAGCAAGAACAAGUUAAAGAGCCGUAAGGAUGCAAAGGUACUAUAAAGUGAUGAGAAUGUACGAACAGGAGCAGAUCACAGGCAUGUUCUUCCUUUCUCGUUCUCAUCAUGCACCCUAAGCGAUGUUCUUAACGCACGUGAUACUCCGUGUCUUACCAACAACCAUAUCAUCAACCUCUUGGUUUUACACCUCUCCGAUGAAAAGCAAUUUAUGACGUACGUAGAUGGUCUUAUUACACGAACAGAGGAUUGGCAGAGCAUCCUUUCGCUGAUCCAUAUUUCAUCAUUUUCUGCGUUAUCCUACCUAAACAGGCUUCCAAUCGAUGCUCUUCCACAGAUAUUAACGAUGACAAACCAAUCUAACUAUGUUCUGCAGUUUUACGCAAACGCGAUGGAAAACAACGAACAAGUUUUUGAGCUGCUGUGUGCAUAUGAAAAUACCGUUGUUGUAAAGGGUUCAUUUGUAAGGUGGGUAAGAGACAGAGAUUAUAAUCGUAUCAGGAACUGUUCAUUAGUGCGCUUUAUCCAGUUGUACAAUACGAUAAGUGUUGAUUCAUGCAAUCGUGAUUUGCUGUUUGUUCUGGGAUAUGAGAUGAUAGGUGGUGACGAACUGAUCGUUGAGCUGCUAGAGAAGAUAAAGGAUUGUGAGUUGAGUGAUGAUGUGUUGCUGAAGGCGAUGGGACAUAUCAUAAGGAUGGAUGGUGCUGGGAAGCUGAAGGCAGUUUACUGUCAGAAAUUAAAUCCCCACAGCAACAAACAUCAUUAAACUGUAUGGUUGUUUAUGCAUAA